AUGGCCACUCUAAAAUUUAAAGAUCCUUCCAUUUAUAAACAAAUUAAAGCAAUUCCACCAAAAGAAGAUUAUUUAUAUGCAAAAUUUUUAGCGGAUGUUGAAUGUUCGAUAGCUUCUAGUUCAAAAAUUAAUUUAGCGCUAUUUGGAGCUGGGCGUGCAGGAACAAUUCAUCUUCAAACAAUUGCAAGACAUCCACGAAUAAAAUUACUUUACAUUAUAGAAGAUUUUGGAGAAAAGCAUGAAAAGAUUAAACAAUAUUGGGGUUUAGAUGAUACAAUAUUUUUAACCAGCAAGGAUUCAGAUAUCGUAUACAAUGAUCCAAGAGUAACAGCAGUAAUUGUUGCAUCGCCUACAUUUUCCCAUGAAGAUAUUGUAAAACAAUCUUUAAAUGCAAAUAAAGCUGUGUUUUGCGAAAAGCCAAUAGCACAAAACUUAGAAGCAACAGCAAGAUGUUUCCAACAAGCGACCGAAGCAAAUAAACCACUUUUUUGUGCAUUUAAUCGACGUUUCGAUCCAUCUUAUUCUCAUGUACGUGAACGAGUUUGUAAUGGAGAAGUAGGCCAUGUUCAAUUAAUUAAAGCCACAAGUAAAGAUUCACCGAUGACUUCUGUCGAUUAUCUUAAAAAUUCAGGAAGUUCAAUAUCCAUUGCAGGUGGAAUUUUCCAUGAUAGUAUUGUCCACGAUAUUGAUCUCGUAUGUUGGAUUUUGGGCGAAUAUCCGAUUAAAGUAACAACUACUGCUGUUGCAAAUAUUGAAGAAAUCGCCGCUAUAAAUGAUUAUGACACUGUUGUUAUAACACUAUUAUUUAAAAGUGGUACAAUUGGAAUAAUCGAUGUUUGUAGAAUUAGCACGAUUGGCUAUGAUCAGAGACUUGAGGUAUUUGGGCCACGUGGCAUGAUCCAAGCAAAUAAUGAACAACCUCUGCAUUGUAUAAAACGUCAAGAUAAUUUAUCCGGGAUAAUCACACCACCAAUAUGGUAUUCAUUUCCAUCAAGAUAUCGAAAUGCGUAUGUAAAUGAAAUGGAACAUUUUUUAAAAUUAGUGCAGGGUGAAGUACAACCAACAGUGCAUCCAAAUGAAAUAUUGGCAGUUUGUAAAAUAGCAACAGCUGCUGAGCAAUCAGCGCGAAGUGGAAAACCAAUUUUGUUAUCAUGGGAUGAUUAAUAAUAUAAUGAAUAUAAAUAGUUAUAUUUGCGUAAAU